AUGGCUGAUACAGGGGCCGCCCAGGCUGGCGUCGAACCGGGCGCCCGCACCGUUAUCGGUAUCGCAUUGGGCAACUCGAACAGCUCCAUCGCCGUGACCAUUGAUGAUAAGGCUGAGGUUAUUGCAAACGAAGACGGAGACCGCCAAAUACCCACGGUUCUUUCUUACGCUGACGGUGACGAGUACUACGGCGGCCAGGCAAAGAACUUCCUUGUCAGGAAUGCUUCCAACACCCUCGCUUACUUCAAGGACUUCCUUGGUCAAGAGUUCAAGGCGAUUGACCCCACCCACACCCACGCCUCUGCCCACCCCAAGGAUCAGGAUGGUGUGUCGUUCUCCAUCCAAGACAAGGGCCCUGAAGACGAGGCCUCGAUUGUGUCCGUCUCCGAAGUCACCACCCGAUACAUUAAGCGUCUUGUAACCGCCGGUUCCGAGUAUCUUGGAAAGCCCGUCACCUCGGCCGUCAUUACCGUUCCCACCAACUUCAACGAGAAGCAGCGCGAGGCCUUGACCAAGGCUGCAAAUGCUGCCGGUAUCGAAGUUCUCCAGCUCGUGUCCGAGCCCGUUGCCUCCGUUCUCGCCUACGAUGCCCGACCGGAAGCCACCGUCGAGGACAAGAUCAUCGUUGUCGCCGAUCUGGGUGGCACCCGGUCUGAUAUCUCAAUCGUUGCCUCUAGGAGCGGCAUGUAUACCGUCCUCGCCACUGUCCACGACUACGAGUUCGCCGGUGUCCAUCUUGACCAGGCCCUCAUCGACCAUUUCGCCAAGGAGUUCAUGAAGCAGCACAACUCGACAAAGAAGGCCCUGAGCAAGAGCAACAACGCCUCUUUCAGCGUCGAGAGUCUUGCGGAUGGCCACGAUUUCUCCAUCACCAUCAACCGUUUGCGGUACGAGAUGGUGGCCCGCAAGGUUUUCGAGGGCUUCAACCGUCUCAUCGAGGGCGCCAUCAAGAAGGCUGGCCUCGAUGUUCUCGAUAUCGAUGAGGUCGUCCUUGCCGGUGGUACCGGUCACACCCCUCGCAUCGCUCAUAACCUUGUCUCUCUUUUCCCCGAGUCCACCACGAUCCUCGCUCCCGCCAUCAACGUUGCCUCCCUGAACCCUUCGGAACUCGCCGCUGAAGAUAUCGAGCAGUCCACCCACCCUGCGGUCAGCACCGUUAAGCACCUCUCCAACGCCAUCGGUGUCCUCACGGUUGGUGCUGACGGCGAGGAGGUCUUUACUCCCAUCGUCGCCCCCGAGACCGCCGUUCCCGCUCGCCGCUCCAUCACGUUCCCCGCCCCCGCUAACGGCGGUGACGUCUUGAUCAAGAUCGUUGAGGGCAACACUCACAUCAAGGUCACUCAGCCCGAGCCCAAGGCCAAGCCCCAGGCCAAGGAUGGCGACUCCGACGACGAUUCCGACGACGAGUCUGAUGAGGAGGAGGAACAAAGGAAAAGCGCCACCGUCUCCAUCAGGGAGGCUGGUGCGCAGGGCGGUGUCAGGGGUAACAUCAAGGCUUCUUCCUAA